GAAGAAGAACAGAACGGAAAGGCCAUUUUAAAGUGAAAGUAAAAGGGGUUGGGGAUUUUACACAUUUGCGCGGUCAUUUCAGUCGGAUUAUCGAUAAAUCUGUGUUAUUUGAUUAAAGAUGUCAUCUGGAGGAGAUUUCUGUAUUUGUACUAGUGUGUUGUGCUUUAUGAUUCUGAAGACGAUAUUAGUAGAUGCUGCAGGUGACUCAUUCAAUCUUGAGGUUUCUCCUGGUCCGAUUGUGGGUCAGCUGGGAUCUGCAGUCACUCUGCCCUGCUGGACCUCUCCUCCAUUAAACACAGAAGCUCUGGAAAUUCGCUGGUAUCUGCCCGAACGAUUCAAAGUUCCUGUUCUCCUCUAUCGUGAUGGAAAGGUUCAGGAGACCCAGGAGGAACGGUACAGGAACCGAAGCUCUCUGACCCAGCGGUCUGUUCAGUCUAAUGGACUAAAGGAUGGAGACGUCUCGCUGAGGUUGGAGGAUCUCAGGAUUGGUGAUGCAGGUGUAUUUCACUGUUAUGUGAGUGGAGAUAAAUCAUACGACAGUCAAGCUGUAACGCUCAACAUCAUGGCUGUAGGAUCCCCACUGGUUCUGUUUCCACAGCCUGCGAGCAAUGACACACAGUUGAAAGUCAGCUGCAGAUCCAGCGGUUGGUUUCCAAAGCCGAGUGUCCUGUGGAAGUCGGACAGAACGAAUCUCUCUACCGGAGGAACUUCUUAUAGACGUGCGACAGAUGGGACGUUCUCUGUCGAGAGCUGGACCCUCAUCUCUUCAUCUGACGUUCAACAGGUCUUCUGUCAUCUGUCGCUCAGCAGCAGAGAGGAGAGAAGAGGAGGAAUUGACAUACAGGCCAUCAGCCCAUCUUCAGCAGGUUCUCCUUCAGAAGGUCCAUGGAAGGUGCUGUUCAUCCUCACUUUAGUGAUUUUAUCUCUGUUGGGUCUUGGGUUCAUCUUUUAUAAAUACAGAGAGAAACUACCAGGAAAGAAAACAGAUAAAAAGAAAACAGAUGAAGAAACAAACACACAGAUGACUCCACUCGUGGUUUGUAAUGAUGAAGUAAUAAAGAAACUGAGAAAACACGCAGAUGUGAUCACUCUUGACCCUAAGACUGCACAUCCAGAUCUGAAGAUUACAGCAGAUUUAAGAGCAGUGAGAGACUCUGGACAUUAUCCGCCUAAAGAGUCUGGAGUAUUCCCAUAUGAACUGUGUGUAUGUGGAGAUCAAACAUUCAACUCUGGACAACAUUACUGGGAGGUUGAGUUAAAAGUAAAAAACGUCUCUACUAAAGAUUAUUGGCUGAUUGGUUUGAUGAAACAGGGGAAUUCUUGUUCAGCAGAUAAAUCUGCUUUAACUCCAUCAAAUGGGUUCUGGUUCUUGUGUUCAGAUGGGCCGAAUGGCGUUCAUACCAGCACUGAUACAUCCGUAACACUUUCAUUUUCUCCAAAACCUCAGCGUCUGGGUGUAAUGUUAGAUUAUGAUAAAGGUCAGCUGUCAUUUUAUGACAUCACUGAGUAUAAACAUCUACUUACUAUGAACACCAAGUUCUCUGGAUCAGUCGUUCCUCUCUUUAAUCCAGGUGUAGGUGAUCAUAGUCCAUUAAGAAUUCUGGAUCUUACAGAACCUGCAGAAGCAUCUGAUCCUACUGUUCCUUUACUGGAUUCACAAAACACUGCAUAAAGAUAUAAAAAUAAUGUGUUAAAGCUGUUUUGAAGUUAAAAGGGUAAACUGAUUAUUAAAUAAAUGGAAAAGUCACUGUACAAAUUCCAGACUUUUUAUCUCCAGGGGUCUCAUUUAUAAAGCAUGUGUACACAGAAAUUUGAUCAUAAUGUGUGCAUACGCAAAAAUCCACGGCAAAGUCCAUAUUUAUAAAAACUGUCUUUGACAUGGAAAACUUAGAAAUAUAAGCCAUUCUUACAGAGUUUAAACAUUGACAGGUGCUCUUUUAUAUGUCAAUGACUUUAAUUAGGCAUCAUUUAAAGGUAAAGAUCUGCAAAUGUUCAGCUGCACACAAUUUCAAGAUCAUUUGUGAUUUAUAGAUUUCACGUUUGAAAGUGAGACGCAAGCGCUUUUUCUAUGCGUACGUUUGUUUUAUGAAUCACGCAUGCAUGCUUUCAAGAAAUGAUUGUAAGAUUUAAUGUAGGACGCAUUUUACACUGCAUUUUUAUAAAUGAGGCCCCUGGAGUUUGUAGGUACAAUACAAAAUAGAUAUUUUGUGUUAUGUUUUAUAGUUUAUAAAUUCUGUGGUUCAGUGAAUAAUGUUUAGUUAUUUUAUUUCUUUUUGGUCUAGUAAUAAGUCAAAUAUUCUCUUUGUGUUUAUAGCUGUUGUGUCUUCUUCAUGGGUGAAAUGAAUAACAACUCCUAUACAUCAACCUAACCCAGUGGUUCUCAAUUCCAGUCCUCUGCCCUCCUCCCAGAAUGUUUUAGAUAUGAAACACCUGUUUUCACUCAUCAGGCUCCUUAAUGAACACACUAACAAGCUGAUGAAGUGAAUCGGGUGUUUUUAUUCUGUAUAUGGAGACAUCUAAAAUGAUCUGGGAGUGGGGGCCGAGGACUGGAAUUAUGAACCACUGGCCUAACCCAAAAACACUAUUAUUAUUUACUCUCAGCCUUGUCAUGUUGGGAUGUUUUUAAUGAAAUUCACCAAUAUUGUAUUCAUUUUUUUUAUAAAGUAAAAAUAUAUAUUUUUUACAUUGCUAAAGACCAUACUAUUAAUUGUCAUAAUCUGCAUAUGAAAUCAUAAUUGUAUCUAACCUCAUGAUGCUCAUUACUUUAACAUCUAUAUUUUAUUUACUUCAUUUAAUGUUUAGUGCACGAGUUUUAACACCCACACUCAAAUAAAUGGCGAGUUGUUUUUAACCUAUACUGGUUUAUAUUGAUCAGAACACACCAGUGCUGAAUACUGGGUCAUUAUAACCUUUGGUUGAGUAACAACAACCCAGCAUUGAGUAAUUUUUAAUCCAGCAGUGUCUUCUGUUUAAUAUUUACACAGCAUUUAUUGAAGUGCAGGGAACAGACAAGCAAAUGAACAUUUUAUAUCCUGUAAUGCACCACAAGUCACUUAGAUCAUCUGACAAAUGUGUAAAUAUUCAAUAUGAUUGUGUUCAUCUAGUUUAGCAAUUUGAGUUAGUUUGCAUGUUUUAAACUAUCCUGUUCCUGGUAAAGUUUUGAUAAAGUGUGAUUGAUGUUUUAUAUGAUAUUUUGAUAAAAACACAUUAAAUCUGUACAAUCAUGAAGACUAAAUCUGAUGUCUGAUGAGAUCACUACUGAAAUCUGUCUGGGGUUCAGUGUUAAUAAAGGAAGCCCUGCAUCACUUAAUCAUCUUCUGUAAACCAUCAUUAACUUAUAAUAAACCAUCUGAAAUAAACUAAACACAAACAUC